GCAUGGCCCUGCUCUUUGUACUAGGUUGCGUCUUCUUCCCAGUAUUCUUCGCUAUCCUCCGUUGGGGCCUGCAGAACUACACCAAACUGCAGAUGGAGGCAAGAGAGGCUGUUUUGGUGGCAUCCAAGUUAGUGUCCUCCGUCCAAGCCAUCAUGGCCUCCACAGCUGGCUACAUCGUCUCCACCUCCUGCAAGCACAUCAUCGAUGACCAACACUGGCUCUCCUCCGCCUACACGCAAUUUGCAGUGCCCUACUUCAUCUACGACAUCUACGCCAUGUUCCUCUGCCACUGGCACAAGCACCAGGUCAAAGGGCAUGGAGAGGACAACGGGAGACGCAGAGCACCGGGCAGCACCUGGGCCGUGGUGCGAGGCUACCUGCACAAGGAGUUCCUCAUGGUGCUCCACCACGCUGUCAUGGUGCUGGUGUGCUUCCCCGUCUCCGUGGUGUGGCGACAGGGGAAGGGAGAUUUCUUUCUAGGCUGCAUGUUGAUGGCAGAAGUCAGCACCCCCUUUGUCUGCCUUGGCAAGAUCCUCAUCCAGUACAAGCAGCAGCACACGCUGCUGCACAAGGUGAACGGGGCCCUGAUGCUGCUCAGCUUCCUGUGCUGCCGGGUGCUGCUCUUCCCCUACCUGUACUGGGCCUACGGUCGCCACGCCGGGCUGCCCCUGCUGGCUGUGCCCCUGGCCAUCCCGGCCCACGUCAACCUGGGCGCCGCGCUGCUGCUCGCCCCCCAGCUCUACUGGUUCUUCCUCAUCUGCCGCGGGGCUUGCCGCCUCUUCCGGCCCCGAGGCUCCCCGCCACCUUCUCCCUGUCAGACCCAGGAUUGA